AUGGGUUUACUCGUCCUCCACGACAAGGACCUCCCACCAGGCUGGAUUGCCGUGGCCUUGCCAGUGCUUUGCUUGGGUCUCGGUCUCACCUACAUCCUCUGGAUUGCAGUCUACAAUGUCUUCUUCCACCCCCUCCGCGCCUACCCGGGCCCCAAGCUCUGGGCCAUGACACGCCUCCCCUACACGCGCAUGUUCCUCUCCGGCGACGCCCACCGGCGAGUCCUCGACCUCCACAAGGCGUACGGCCCCGUCGUGCGGGUGGCGCCGGACACGCUCUCGUACAGCCACCCCGACGCCAUCAAGGAGAUCAGGGGUCACCGCAGGGCCGGCAGGGCCGAGCACGGCAAGGACCCGGUGCACAUGGGCCACUUCCGCGACAACAUCCUGGGGGCCGGCCGCGCCGACCACGCCCGGUUCCGCCGCGCCCUGGCUCACGGCUUCUCGGCCCAGGCCAUGGCGGACCAGCAGCCGCUGAUCCAGGGGUACGUCGACGCCAUGGUGCGGCGCCUGCGCGAGGAGUGCGACGGCGGGGAAAGGGGGCUGGACAUGGUGCAGUGGUUCAACUACACGACCUUCGACGUCAUCGGCGACCUGGCCUUUGGCGAGCCGUUUGGCUGCCUCGGCGACUCGGUCUACCACCCCUGGGUGGCGCUCAUCUUCGACAGCAUCAAGCACCUCACCUGGCUGUCGGCCCUGGGCCGGUACCCCGCCGUCGCGCCGCUGCUGAAGCGGUUCCUGGUCCCCGAGGGCUUGGCGGCUAAGCUCGUGGAGCACGAGCAGCUGUCGGCGGAGAAGGUGCGCAAGAGGUUGGCGACCGGGACGGACAGGCCGGAUUUCGCAUUAACCUUCAAAGAACUGGCAUCCCACGCGUCGGUACUCAUCGUAGCCGGAUCCGAGACGACGGCGACGGCACUGUCCGCGGCGACGUACUACCUAGGCAUGAACGCUCGCGCACUGGCGGCUCUAACCGAUGAGGUCCGCAAGACAUUCUCGAGCGAGGAGGAGAUCAACCUGAUCAGCGUGCAGGGGCUGUCGUACAUGCUGGCGGUGCUCGACGAGACGCUCCGCAUGCACCCGCCUGUGCCCAGCGGGCAGCCGAGGCUGAUUGCCGAGGGGGGCGAUGUUAUCCUGGGCCGAUAUGUUCCCGCCGGCACCAAGGCCGAAGUGUGGCAGUGGUCUCUGUACCACGACCCCGCGUGCUGGACACGACCCGAUGAUUUCAUCCCCGAGCGCUGGCUCGGAGACCCGGCUUUCGCGAACGACAAGAAGGAGGCUCUCCAGCCCUUCUCAGUCGGUCCUCGAAAUUGCAUUGGGAAGAAUCUUGCGUACGCCGAGAUGCGCCUAAUCCUGGCUAGACUGGUGUGGAACUUUGACAUCAAGCUGGCAGACGAGACCAGGGGUUGGGACAGCCGGUGCAAGGUCUACCGCUUAUGGGAGAAAGGGCCUGUGAACGUCUACCUGAAGCCGAGAAACAUUUCCUAG